GCACAAUGGUCAUGUAGGGCUAUCAUUUUGCCAUCGGGUACGCAAAUUGCUGGCUUUUAGGUAUUGCGUCAUAGCAGCUUGUUUGUUCUGAGUUACCCUGUACAUGUGUCGCAAUGUUUCACGCUCGCGUCUCCGCAAGUGCUGAAAUGUCAAAACCUAUGACAUGAUACAAGGCCCAGCACAAGUGAUUUCAGUACAGUGUGAUUUAUGUUAACAUCAUUUUUCUUACUUGUGCUAUUCCUUUAUAUUUUGGAUCAGCCACAGCUCCUACAGUUAGAAAAGCAGGAGGAAAAGUACGAGAAAAGGCAAAAGGAAAAACAGGAGGAAAAGCAGAAGGAAAACAAGAAAGAUAGAGACCGUUUUGGAAUCGUCGUAGCGCCUACCGUCAUCCAGUCUUAAUCAUUACAAACUGUCAUUGAUUGUCAUGGGGAAUGAACAAAACAAAGCGGACACUAAGAAAACUAAUGGGAAGCGUUCAAAAAAGCAUCGUGAAAGACCGGGUUUUAAACUCAUGGAGGAACUGCAGAAGGAAAUGCAAGAGGAAAGGCUUGAGCCUGAUGAACCGGAGGAAAUCGAGGAACAGUCGGAGGAUACUGGGGAACAACAUCAAGAUUGGAUAAGCGAAGAUGAGGGAGCAGCAGAUAAGGGAGAGGAUGACUUAAUUAAACUUAGUCCGAAGAAGAAGAAUAGGAGGAAGAAGAAAAAGAAUUCUAAACUCAUGGAGGAAACGCAGGAGAAAAAACCUGAGCCUGAGGAACAGGAGAAAAUCGGAGGACAGUCGGAGGACACUGGGGAACAACAUCGGACAAGCGAAGAUGGGGGAGCAGCAGAUAAAGGAGAGGGAGAGGAACAGCCGGAUGAUACUGGAGGACAACAUCAAGAUCGGACAAGCGAAGAUGGGGGAGCAGCAAAUAAGGGAGAAGGUGACUUAAUCAAACUUAAUCAGAAGAAGAAGAAGAAAAAGAAGGGUGUAGGGAGUGACCCCGUCCAGCCCCAGGUCUCGGUAGCCCCCGUCGUCCAGGUCGUACCUAGAUCCGUGGAGGAGUUCGUGGGUUUAAACGUAGGUGGUGUGGUGUAUAUGACUAGUCGCAGCACACUGUUUCGAUACCCCGACUCUUUACUGGGAAUACUCUUCACAGCAUCGGUCCCGACCCCAAAGGAUGGCCAAGGAAAUUACAUGAUAGACGGCGAUGGUCAGAUGUUCCGACACGUUCUGAACUAUCUACGCCGGGGCGCCCUCAGCCUUCCCAAUGAUUUCCAGGAGCACCGGCUUCUCCAGCAGGAAGCAGCCUUCUACCAGCUUCCGGAACUCCAGGUUCUCAUCUCUCAGGAUCUCCGUAGCAAGACUGCAAGCACACCAAGCGGGGUCUUGGUCGAGACUCCGAUCAAAGUAGAGCCUACUAUUAAAGAGACUUGUAAGUAUGUCAUCGAGAUCUUCGUCAGCGAAGAAGACAACGCACCGCAAUCGUGGCGCAUCUAUGGCGGUCUCAACUUCCUUGAGAAUAUCCCCACCCUGAAAGACUACAUUGAUCAAUACAGGAAAGGCAGCCAGUGCCUCCAGUUCACCACGCAGCAUCCGAUGUUUCCUUCGAACAUCCACAGGAGAUUCCCAAAGACCAACCUGUUUUACCACAUAUUCCAUCUCGGCUUCAAACUCCACACUUCUGAGUGUAUGGAGAUCGUCGACGAAACCAGUGCCAAAAUUCCAUGGCUGAGAUACCUCUUCACAUCCACAACAUUAUAGUCAUAUUGGCUCAGCUCUGUCUAAAAGUCAAUGCCUUUUAUAUGGUGAGAUAAUAUAAGCGAUUAUAAUCGCACAUCCAAGACGCAAAAACACUCGUACUUUACAAAGUCAUUCGUAAUUGUCAUAUUCCUCGCCGUGUAACAUCUUUAUUAUAUUAUAGCAAUGUCAGUAUCGGUAGACAAUACUGUAGAUAAACGACGACUUGAAAAUAUAUUGCCAUAGAAAUAACUAUAUUGUCAUUGUCUCCGAGUCGAGCAACAUAAAUUCAUAUUUAGUCUCGGCGCCCAACAAAAGCCAGUCAUUCAAUUUAUUGAUAUUUGUAAUAUAUAUAGAUAG